AUGUUUAUAAGAAAACCACCGCGUCCUAGAAUGCUGCUAAACAAUGUCUCAUGCAUGAGAAAUGCCCAACUAAUUCUUCGAAACAUUAAUGCCUCAGUCCAUGACGGAGGUGCACUCGUAUUAACAGGGGCAAAUGGUGCAGGCAAAUCCACUUUCUUAAGAAUGUUAGCUUGUUUCUCAAGACCCUCAGCUGGAGAGAUCCUAUGGAACGGUCACGACAUUACAAAGUCAGGAGUUUUUGAGCAAUACAAACUCCAGCUCAACUGGUUAUCUCUGAGGGACGCCGUCAAAGAGAAAUUCACUGUUCUUGAUAAUGUUCAAUGGUUUGAAGUCCUUGAAGGAAAGUCUGGUAAAUCAAAGGAAGCUUUGGAGCUUAUGGGAUUAGGCAGGCUUAUUAAUGAGAAGGCAAGGAUGCUUUCCAUGGGUCAACGGAAAAGACUCCAGCUUGCUAGAGUAGUUGCACUUGAUCGGCCGAUUUGGUUACUUGAUGAGCCGUCAGUGGCAUUGGAUACUGAAGGUGUGAAAUUGCUUGAGUACAUUAUUGAUGAGCAUCGAAAGAAAGGGGGGAUCGUGUUUGUGGCAACUCAUUUGCCUAUCCAUAUUGAGGAUGCGAUGAUAUUGAGGUUGCCAGAGAGGUUCCCGAGAAGGAAAACCAUGGUGGAUUUGCUUGAUUGA